AUGUCGCCCCCUGAGCUCCCAAUCAUCUCGGACUCUGUUGAGGCCCUCAAACAGAUGCCGAUCGAGAAUCGUCUAUUCAUCAAUGGCGAGUUCGUCCCUUCUCGCAGCGGGAAGAAAUUCGAUGUCUACAACCCCGCCACUGAGGAGAAGACUGCGUCCGUUUUCGAGGCAGACGUUGAAGAUGUCAACGACGCAGUAGCGGCUGCCAAAGCAGCUUUUCUACCAUGGUCUGAGCUCGCAGCCAGCGAACGAGGAGGAUACCUGUUCAAGCUGGCCGACGCCAUGGAGAAGCACUUUGCAGAGAUGUCGUAUCUCGACGCUGUCAGCAUGGGCAAGCCCGUUGAUUCCGACAUGGCAACCGCAAUUUCUAUGACGCAGCUACGAUAUUACGCUGGGAAAGCUACCGACAUCCAGGGAGACAGUUCUCUCAACACCCCGGGCAUGUUGAACAUCGUUUUGCGGCAGCCCUACGGCGUAUGCGGUGCAAUCACUCCAUGGAACGCACCCAUUGCCAUGGUAGUUCAGAAGAUCGGUCCAGCGCUCAUUGCCGGUAACACGCUGGUGCUCAAAUCAUCCGAGAAGGCCCCUCUCAGUCCCUUGGUCGUGGCCAAAUGCUGUCAGGAGAUCGGCCUGCCGAAGGGCGUCUUGAACAUCCUCAACGGUUACGGACGUCCCUGCGGUGAGGCCAUUGCACGCCACAUGGAAAUCCGCAAGGUUUCUUUCACCGGCUCUACAGCCACCGGUCGUGCCAUUAAGAAGGCCGCCGCUGAGUCGAACUUGAAGAAGGUCACCCUGGAGCUCGGCGGCAAGAGCCCGUUGAUCAUCUUCGACGAUGCCGACCUCGAGAAGGCGGCCCCCGCCGCUGCAUUUUCGAUCCUGAUCAACUCUGGUCAGGCAUGUGUCGCGAGCUCCAGAGUCUUUGUCCAUUCCAAGAUUGUCGACAAGUUCAUCGAUGCUCUCAAGGUCGAGAUGGAUCGGAUCGGUGCAGCUGGAGAUCCAUUGGGGCGAAGUACCCAGCGCGGCCCUCAGGCGGACAAGUUGCAGUUUGAGAGAGUCAUGGGCUUCUUGGACGAGGCAAAGAGUUCAGGCCUGGAGAUUGUAACGGGAGGAGGGAGAAAGGGGGACAAAGGGUACUUCGUCCAGCCCACCAUCAUCAAGAACGCGCCGAAGGAUUCGAGGGUCAUGAAGGAGGAAAUCUUCGGUCCCGUGUUGUGCGUGAACGCCUUCGACGAUGAGCAGGCGGUUCUGGAUAUCGCCAACGAUACUAGCUACGGCCUGUACGCUUCUGUCUUUACCCGGGACAUCUCGCGGGCUCUCAGGAUUGCAAAGAGGUUCGAGGCUGGAAAUGUCGGUAUCAACUGCACGAGCCCUACCAUGGCAAUCGACAUGCCGUUUGGCGGAUGGAAGGAGAGCGGCGAAGGCAAGGAGGGUUCGAAGUAUGCUACGGACCACUGGACGGAACUGAAGUCGGUUUACGUCGCACUCUAG